UGUUAAUGGCUGUUGCAGAAGUAUUCGUUUUGUUACUUAACCUAUAAAUGGUUGUAUACAAAUAUUUUCAUACUCCAAAGGGAUAAAUAGUAGUAAAUGCUGAAAAUGGUGAAUCAGACUGUGCUAGCCACGGGUUGUGUAAUGUAGUGAUGAUCGAGCGUUUAUGCCAGUUUCACUGUUAACUGAUAGUGUAGGUGGUACACCAUUAGGAAGGAUCAUUCUCUCAGCACAAGUUAUGGAGUAUAAUAAGAGAAUGCGCGACAACAGCGUAUUUAAUUGUAGGCACAAUGUUCGGUCCACAACGUGUGGAGCAUCUAGUUCGCCAUCUGAUUCAAUUCUGAACAUGCAGACCAAGAGUUUUAAGCCAGAAAAUACUGUUAAUGAAAAUUACUGUGCUCAGAGUUUGUGUAUUGACGUUGAAACAACACAACAUUCACAGAGUACUCAUAAGAAUAACAAUGAAGAGCAUUGCAGGAAUGUUAUAGGGCAAGAAACAUUGUAUUUACCGAGUACUUCUAAAGCUGCUGCAUUAGAGUCAGCUCCUCGGGAAAGAAAACGAUGGGUUAGACCACCUCUUGUAGGCCAAGCUUCUACUAGUGACAAUUCAACAGUGAUACAAGAUAUAUCAUUGGAAGCAGUCAGUAAUAUGGGAACAGAGUAUGAUUCACAUCAUUCAGUACAAGAUGAAUUACUACAACCUAAUUGUACUGACAAAAAAAAUGAUUAUUCUGUAGCCAUGUCACCCAGUAUGAAUGAAAUUGGGUCACAUAAGGCACUGUGCAUCUUACCAGAAGUUAAUGAUUUAAAACCAUAUUCUAGUUCACUAGGAAAAGAAAGUAAAAUGGAGGCUUGUAGAGAUGUGAAAGUUUUGAACGAAGUAUGGGGGGAUGUUGAAUGUGAUAAGGUUUCAGAUAAUCGAGAAAAUGGUAUUUCCUGUAGUUGCUCUGUCAUGGUGUCAAGUCCACUUGAUAUCCAGGACCAGACUUACAGUCCAUCAGAUCAAAAUCAAGAUUGUUCUGUCAUAGUAACUGAAACAGUCGGAAGUGGGAGAGCCCUAUCACCUGCCUCUGUCUCCAGUGUGACAUCCAGUCGACGUUUGGAAUGGGAUAGUGGUGCUGAUGUUGGGUAUCAGAAUUUUCAACCUCAUGAAUUUCCCUCAGGUGAGGGUCUUAGUUCCAUAGAAAGAAUUGCUUUAGCAAGAGGAUGUUCAGCUGCACAGAGACUCGAGCCUGAGGGCACAGCUGGUUCAAUGCAACUGAAACCUGUCACUAAAAUAUCAAAGUUUAAUUCCAAUGUGCAAAUGGCUAUGUCAACACCUUUAGCUUUUGGACAGACAGUUGCAAGUUCUGUGGCAGGAGCCGAUAAUGAGAUUGAAAUAACACCAAUUCAGAAAUUGCAAGGAGAAAAGUGUAUCUUUCAUGAAGAGGAAUUUAGUUAUCAUCAUUCAGCUAACAGGCACACCACUCCCUUUCUCCAUCACCAGGUUCAGAGUGCAGAAUGUAAAGAAGGAGAAGGUUGUAAUAUUAUGUCCAAAAAAGUCAGUACUUCUUUGACUGAUCUAAAUGAAUGUGGGCUUCAUGAAGCACAUAAAGACUUGCUUUCACGAAGUCGGAGCUGUCUGAGUUUAUUAUCAAAGGAAGAUUUCAGAACUAAAUCUUUUCAGUAUUCUAAUAGUGGUUCAUUUCCUCUGCAGCAUCAGUAUAAGAGGAACAGUUGCUUAGCGACAUGCUCUGCGUCAUCAUCAUCUAUAGCAACUGUGGUCCCAAAUCUUGACUCCCCUAGGAUUUCUGGUAAAGUUGUUCAGACUUCAGCAUUUCAUGUCCCUUUUAGAAAUUCUGUUGGCAUUCAGGUAUCAGAAACUGCAAAAGACUGUAAAUCUCUGGUUUCCUCACCCAGUUUUCCUCAUAAAGUUGAUGGUCAUGACAUAAGACAUGUAACCUCAAAUCUUGAACAAGAUAUGGAGUUAGAAGGUUCUGAUUCAGAUAUAGUUGAAAAAACUGAUAGUAAUAUAGCAGAAGACAUAAGAAAUGCCAAACAUGCUCAUAAUUCACAACUUUCAUCUGUUGAAAAAAAUAAUUACUCCCAUGUGUCACAGAUACAGCCCCAGAACAAUUCCUUCCAAAACAUAAACUGUCAUAAAUUACAGUGUAACAGAACAAAUGCAAAUCAAAGUUCUGCAGUGUGUAAAGGUGCACACAAGAGAGGAGGCAAUGAACAUCAGUGGUGUUUAUCUGCAGCAAGGACACAACAGACUGUCUCAGAAAGACAUGCCAGGAUGUCCGAAGAUACUAACGUUCAGAGACCUCAUGGCAGGUUAAACUCUAACAGCAUUAAACCAGUGGUGCAGAGUUACGUGAACCAAAGUGAAGAAGAAGCUACAGGAACAUUAGAUAGCUUAACCAGUAGCACACGGACAGUAGGAUCAUGGUUUAUAGGAGACACUCCCCAAUCAAAUGGGAAUCUAAAUGAAAAUGAGAGUGGUAGAAGAGGUUCAUCUGGUGUAGUUGGUAGUGCAAAUAGUUUUGAGUAUCUUCCUGGCCAUGUUUAUGAAAAUAAUACCCUUGCAGUUGAUAUAAACUUGUACAGAAAAGCCAUUACAGAAGAUUCAUCCUCAGAAAGUGUGUCAUCUCAUCCUUUGGCAGGUUUUAUAGACAGUAAAUUCAAAAUAAAUGAUGACAGAUUUUGGGGGUCAUCUAUUUCCAGCACUUUUGCUACAGAUCUUGAAAAGGGGAUAGCUCUUCUUAAAGAUCUCUUAAAUUCAAAAUCAUGCAAUUCCAACAUAAAAAAGAAGCUUGUACGACAAGUGGUGAACAGGCUUAUUGAGACAAGCUAUGCUGAGGAUAAUGUGUUACUGGAGUCAAAUGUACCAUGGGUGCCUCCCAAGUCACUUGUAAAUUCAGGUGGUUAUAAUGUCAAGAAAGUCGGUCAGGAAGAUAUGAGUGGUGGACAUAAAGUGGGAAGAACAAUGGAGAGGGAAGAGGUAUCAGGUGAAUCUGCCAGUGAACAACAAGGUAGCAGGAAACCCCAAGUGAAUCACCAGCCAGUGGCAUCUUCAACUACACACCAGGAUUACUUCAUAGCUGGCAAAUGUGCCAAAACAGGGUUGUCUGAGUCUAGUGGGCUGUCUUCUCUGUCGGAAAGAAUUCCUUCAUCAGAGAAUCAUGCAGACAGCAGGGCAGAGACAACUACAAGUACCACACAAGGGCAUGUGGGCUCUUCAUCAACUAGUACCACAUUCACUAGAAAUGGAUAUACUUGGAAAGAAUCAACUACACAGUCAGAAAAAGAAUAUGAGCAACAAAAACAUAAAUCAGGCAAGUUUAAGUGUUAAAGUUUCUAACUUCUAUGAAGGAUGAUUUUAUGUAGCCUCAAUUCAUUGAUUCAAGUUUUAGAAGUACAUUAUACCAGAUGAUCAAAAGGUUAUUCAACCCAUUU